UUACGUAACGAUCGUGUCAGCCAUCAUUUUUCUGACCUUUGCUCCAAUAACUUCGCAGACAGUCCAGCUGUUCUUAUGAUCUUCUCGCGCUCUCAGUGGACAGGAUGUCUCGCGCUGCGGAGAGACUACGAUUGGUCAUCAGUCACCUUGACCGAUCUCCAGUUUCGGUCAUAUCAGCACCAACGUCUGCUCAAACUGUCACCCACAUUCAGCCUCAGAAAUCAAGGUAUUCUUUUGAUACAGGCCUGCUGACCCCAGAACAGCGACUCUUUUAUGAGGAAAAUGGAUUUCUUCUUAUCAGGAAUCUGGUGUCUGACAAGGACAUCGAAAGGUUCAGAAGGGAGUUUGAACGCAUCUGUCGGCAGGAAGUGCAGGUUCCUGGUCUGAUCGUGAUGAGGGACGUGGCCAUCGCGAAGUCGGAGUAUGUCCCGGACCAGAAAGCCGUCUCUAAACUGCAGGACUUUCAGGAAUGUCCUGAGCUGUUUCGCUACUGUGCCCUACCAGAGAUCCUGCAGUACGUGGAGUGUUUCACCGGACCUAACAUCAUGGCCAUGCACACCAUGCUGAUCAACAAACCUCCUGAUGCAGGUAAGAAGACAUCUCGACACCCGAUGCACCAGGAUCUGCAUUACUUCCCAUUCCGGCCGGCAGACCGCAUCGUCUGUGCCUGGACCGCAAUGGAGAGGGUGAACAGGCAGAAUGGCUGCCUGGUCGUCCUGCCAGGAACCCACAAGGGAACCCUGCAGGAGCACGAUUAUCCAGACUGGGAGGGCGGCGUAAACAAGAUGUACCACGGAGUGAGAAACUACAACCCAGAUCAUCCAAGACAUCAUGUGGAGAUGGAAAUGGGCGACACCGUCUUUUUCCACCCGCUGCUCAUCCACGGCUCUGGCAUGAACCAGACAAAGGGCUUCCGUAAGGCCAUCUCCUGCCACUAUGCCAGCAGUGACUGUUAUUACAUCGACGUGAAAGGAACCACGCAGGAAAACAUUGAGAAUGAAGUGAUAGAAAUCGCAGAGAAGAAGUACGGCAUCAAUGAUGUCGCCUUCAAGGACACAUGGGCUGUGCGCGGCCGCCUGGUGCAAGGUGAGAGGACUUCUAUGUGAAGAAAACAACUCACCCAUCAAGCCCUUUAGCCACAAUAGAAAGUGAAUUAAUGUUAAUUGUACAGAUCGACUGUCACAAAACUGACAAAGGAAAAUAAUUCUGUGUGUGUGUCAAUAAAAAUUUGAAAACAUGAUGCUGCAGAGGAAGGACACAAUGGAAGCUGUUUAAGAAAGCGUGUCUGUUAA